AUGCCUAUCGACCUCGCCCAACAUAUCCGGAACAUUCCCGAUUUUCCCAUACCCGGGGUCCAGUUCAAGGACAUCACCUCGCUGCUCCUGUCUCCGGACGCUUUCAACGAGACCAUCGCCCGAAUGGUGGACUUGGCUGCCGAAGCUCGUGUGGACCGCCUGGCGGCCGUCGAUUCCCGUGGGUUCAUCUUCGCCGCGCCGAUGGCCACGCGGAUGGGACUGCCGCUGGUAUUGCUGCGCAAGGCGGGCAAACUCCCCGGCGCCACCCUGUCGUACGAUUACAACCUGGAAUACGGGCAGGCAUCCCUGGAAGUUCACGCCGACGACGUUCCGUCGGGGGCGCGCGUGCUGAUCAUUGACGACCUGGUGGCGACGGGCGGCAGCCUGAAGGCCGCCGCCGCCCUGAUCGAAAAGGCCGGCGGUGAAACUGCCGGCAUCGGCGUAGUGAUUGAACUCAUUGGUCUCGGAGGCCGGGAGGCCCUGGCCGACUACGACCUUUUCUCAUUGGUUACAUUCGAAGUCGACGAAUAG